GGCGAAGCGUGUUUCCGCAAAGGCUCCUGCGGCGGGAGCGUGCGCGCGGGCUCUGCCGUCCUCCUCUCCGCGCACAGCCUGAGAUGUGGUCAUGCCAGGCAGACUUCUCCAGAGCCUGGCCUCCUUACACAGCGUGUCAUCAAAAGCACGGCAGUGCAGGAGGCUCCCUUGGCUCCCUGGGCUCCCGUUAAAACCACGUACGGAAUCUGGAAGCGCAGCAUGCUGGAGCACCCUGAAAAUACAGAUGCAUUUAGGUUCAUUCUGUCCUAGUGUAAGAACUGACAGCUGGAAUAAGCCAAAGAUCCUGGGAAUGAGCUGGAUAAUACCAAACGCAAGCAGACCCUCUCCAUUACAUGUUGUCCAUUGUUGGAAUGGAGAAGCACGUCUGCCAGCCAUGUGCCCCUUUGGGACUCCCAGGAAAGCGACUUACAGACCAAAUCUCUUAUGCUCUAAGUGGUUUAUAAAAACAGUAAAAAGGCAUUACUCUGUGUCGACGGAAACACUUGUUCCAAAACAAGACCUUCCACAGAUCAAGAGGCCCCUGAAGGCAUCCCGGACCCGUCAGCCAUCCAGGAGCAACCUCCCAGACCUAUCUGUAAAUGAGGACCUGAUGCAGUGCACGGCCUUUGCAACGGCGGAGGAGUAUCACCUGGGAAGUCUGUCGCAAGAGCUGGUCUCCUGCGGAUAUGUAGAGGUGACAAGCCUGCCUCGAGAUGCAGCAAAUAUUUUGGUGAUGGGUGUGGAGAACGCUGCAAAAGAAGGUGAUCCCGGAACAAUAUUCUUGUUCAGGGAAGGAGUUACUGUGUUCUGGAACGUAAAAGAUAAAACUGUGAAGCACGUGAUGCGAGUCCUGGAGAGACACGAGGCCCAGCCCUACGAGGUGGCUCUGGUCCACUGGGAGAACGAAGAGCUGAACUACGUGAAAAUGGAGGGACAGUCUAAACUGCACAGGGGAGAAAUCAAGUUAAACUCAGAGCUGGACUUAGAUGACUCCAUUCUAGAAAAAUUUGCUUUCUCCAAUGCUCUUUGCCUCUCAGUGAAACUGGCUAUUUGGGAAGCAACACUGGACAAAUUUAUUGAGUCUAUUCAGUCAAUUCCAGAGGCAUUAAAGGCUGGGAAGAAAGUCAAGCUGUCUCAUAAAGAAGUUAUGCAGAAAAUGGGUGAGCUCUUUGCCCUCAGGCACCGUAUAAACCUGAGUUCAGAUUUCUUGAUGACUCCUGACUUCUACUGGGACAGAGCUAACCUGGAGGAGCUUUAUGAUAAGACUUGCCAAUUUCUCAGCAUUACUCGAAGAGUUAAGGUCAUGAAUGAAAAGCUUCAGCACUGCAUGGAGCUAACAGACCUAAUGCGGAAUCACCUGAACGAGAAGAGGGCACUCCGCCUGGAGUGGAUGAUCGUCAUCCUCAUCACCAUCGAGGUAAUGUUUGAACUGGGAAGAGUGUUUUUCUGAUCUUGUGACAAUGAGAACAUCACUGGAAGAGACAAUUCAAAUCCUACAAACAAAACAAACCAGCAUUCACUAUUGGGUGACUUAUGUAACAGGUAUUUAAACUUUAAAUCAACUGUCAGUGGGCACAGGACACACCUGUAAUUCCAGCACACUGAAAGCUGAAACAGGAAGAUGAGUUCCCCAACAGACCUUGUGCUGCAUAGGAACCCAGCUACGAGGGGAGCCGACUGGGGGACACCAAUCUCUGCACUUGGAAAGCAGAGGCAGAGAACUGCCCAGAGCUUGAAGCCAGCGAUAACAUAGCAGGGCUGACUCAAGAUAAAAUAAACAAAUGUCACAAUGACCUUCUGCAGCUCUAAAAUAUAUUGUUACCUGAAUAAAAAUGACAAAUAUGUUUGGGUCAACAUACUGAAAGUUCAUAAAGGAAAUGUUCCAGCAGUUUUAGUGGCCUAAUUUGAGUGUUCAUAGGCACACUGCAUUUCACUAGUCAA